AUGCCAAGCAUUAUGACAACAAUAAUAGGGGCAACAAGUAGAAAUUCAACAUCAGCAAGAGCGACAAUUAUAAUUUCAACAGGAGUAGAAUCUACAACUAUGAGUAAAACAAUAACUCACCCAACAACAAGUUAUUUACCUUCACAACAAAUUGUUUCAAUAACGAAUUUAGAUGAUAUCAUCGUCGGUUUAUAUAGUACUUCAGCUGGUCAAUCGACGGGUGGUGAUAACGGUGUAUAUUCGACUGUUUCUGAACAACCUCCAAAGGCUAUUGAUGGUUUCUUAAGCACGAAAUAUCUUAAUUUUGGAAAUAAUGGUGCUCCUGAAAACAUUAGAAAUAAUUCCGGAGCAAAUACUGGUUUUUUCGUAGUGCCGAGUAUAAGUAAUGCUUCUGUGGCUGUUGCUAUUCGUUUUGCAACUGCAAACGAUUUUCCAAAUCGUGAUCCAAUUACAGUAACUCUUGAAGGAACAAAUGUAACAACUAUUGAAGCACUUCAUCUUGGCUCAAGUUGGACAUUGAUAUAUAGUGGUCCAACAGGUAUUAAUUCUACAACUGCUCCUGCUCGUUCUAGAUAUGUGCCUCAACAAAAUUUCUCAAAUACAAUUGCUUUUAGAAGUUAUCGAUUGCUUAUUACUUCGCAAAGAGGUCUUGCAGAUUGUGUUCAAUACGCCGAAGCUCAAAUCUUAGGUUAUGUUUGA